AUGACCACGAUGAUGUGGGUCCGCUGGCUCUUGUACCUCUGUGCGCCAUGUUGUUUCGUGUGCACGGAUCAGAUGCUGUUUUGGGUGGAUGACCUCAUCUCCCAAAACAAGGUCGAGUCCAAGUUGUGGAUGAUGACGGGAGAAGAUGCGUCACUGGGCACCCGAAAGAUCCAGUAUGACGACUUUGCAUAUUGUAUGGAAGCACACGGCACGUUGGAUGGCAGUGUCUGCAAGCCGAGCUACUUGAUCAACGGGUGGAAUUCAACAGAUGGCACCUCCCUGGCCGUCCGGACGUCCAUUUCCGUGGCGUAUGACCCAGCCGGGGAAGGAGAUGGUGAGCAUGUGGUGGGACCAGUGGCGGACAAGACCAACCGUCAAAUCUAUUGGAUUACUCCCAGCUGCGCCACCUCAAGCGGCCGAAGGCUCACGGUUUGGAAGGUCAAAUACCUUCUGGACAACCAGAUCACUCCGGAUGGAUCUGACCCAAAUCCCCUGACCUGCGAAAAUAACUCGUACGUCUAUGCGGUGAACCGCUACGAUGUGGACACUAAGAAGUACUCCCUCAUCUAUGCGGCUGCUCGUGCCGACUUUCCUGCGCCAGAAAAGUGGACCGCAUACAGCUGGAAGCUCGCAUUUGACGAAACGAGGCAGCGUCUGUACUGGUGGUUCUAUGCCGGUGCCUGUGCGGUGGUCAGAACGUGCGAUGCUCCCCUUUACUACAUCGAUGUGAGUGGUUUGAGUGAUGACGGUGCCAUGCCGACUCCGGUGUCAGCCGCAAACGUAACAGACGGUUAUGGGCAUGCCUAUUGGGACAUGACCAUCGAUGAUGGCGGAAAUCUCUACCUGGUUGAUUGGUAUAAGAUCAGGAAGUACGAUGUGACGACGGGCGCUGUGACCGACCUCCAUACCGAAGACUACCUCAACACCGGUUAUCACUUUACCGGAGUGACCCACUGGACCGGCACAACCAAGUUGAUUGUGACCAAGACCACAAGUGUGACCUCGGAAGUGUGGACUUUCGACACUAGCGAUUCAACGUGGGCGCAGCUUUACAGUGCGGUCUACUACGAGUUCUACGAUCUAGGCCAAACUAUCUACAACACGGCGGUGGAUGUGACCCACGGCCUGCUGUAUGUGGCCACGAGCGGUGGAAACUCUGGAGGCAGAUCCAUCAUUGAGUUGCCACUGGCUCCAUCUGGCCAGACGGCACCCUUCAAGGCUUGCGCCACAGGACGUUACAACAUGGACUGCCCACUCUACGGCAUCGGGGAGCGCCUGGUUGUGGGUCACAUGUACGCUGCCUUUUCCGUUGCCGGCUCGGGCAAGGCAACGAAUUUCGCCGCUGGAUCGGCGGACCGAUUUCCGGCUUGGGGGACCUCCCAGAUUGCGUUGCUCCCAGCAAGCGGGACCUACCCCACCAGGAACCCAUGCUUUGGCAACACACCGGCAACUAUCGACACGUUGUCCACCAAGCUCAAAGCCACGACGCGCACACGAUGUGGGAAGGCCGAGACGAGCGGCUUUGACACCAGGCACAUCAUCUUCAGCAUCGAUGCUGGUGACAAGGCACCCAGCUACUUGCUGCGAGACUACAUCUCGAUGGAGGGCCUCGCACGAGCUGCAGAUGGUGGAUGGGGCUAUGACUACAUAGGUCAGCGGCGGGCGUAUGACCACUACCAAGAAAUCGCAACAGGUGGUGGCAACGAUGGAGUCAUCCCAGGAAUUAAGAGUCCAUGGGGCUAUGGUGUUGCAGUCAAAGGGCCAGCAGUCGAUCUCAUCCACGGCUACGUGUACUGGAUGUCCUGCGAGCGUUCCGCCUUGCCGGGGGUCUGCUCAGAGCAUGCUCUGAAGAGGGUGCCCAUUUCGGUCCUGGAGACUGCGGCAAAGAUGCCAGACCCCGUGGACUGCAAGGUGAGCAGCUGCCCGCACUCCGGCUCCACACAAGUCUUGGACGACCGCUACGCCGUUAUCGAAGCGGCCGUGGAGGUCCUCUACCAUCAAAGCACACAGCUCUUCCCUGGGAACGAUGACACGGUCCCCAACCAAGUGAAGCUCGCCAUCGAUCCAGAGGCGGAGAUCGUCUACUGGUUCUCCCCACAGCCCAGCACGGGCUAUGUGUCUCUGUUGUACCUCGACGUCCAGGGAUGGACACCCAGCCAGGGAGUCUUUGAACCCUGCGACGUCGGCGAGAUUGCGGGCCACUAUGCAUACGGUUCUUGGUCCUCCUUGAUGGUCGCCUGCGAUGGCACACUCCUGAGCCAUGAGGUGAAUGCCAUUAAGGCCUUGAACUUCGCGAACGACACUCACGUGGCUGCCUGCAAAGCGCAAGCCGCCCUCUGGCCGACUCUGAAUGCAGACGGGCGGGUCGGUUGGAAAGGAUGUUGGGACCGGAUCAUGGACACCGGGAGUGCCUCUGCGACUGGCGCCAACGUGCUCAAGGCCAUGACCUACGACCCGAAACGCGACCAGGUGUACUACGCCUUCCGACACACCACGACGACGGAGUCUAUCUCGCGCUUCUCGCGGACUGCCGGCCCACAGGGACCUGGCAACGACGAGGCUUUCGGGGUAGCUGGGUUUGGUUUGAGGCUUUCUGAUUUCGGGGAGUGGGGGUUUUGGCCUAGGUUUCGGGGUUUUCGGGUUCCAUUGUUGGGGUCAUGCGCUUGUGAAGUGCGCUUCCUAGGUUCUGGCCCACAACAUGAUUGCUAG